AUGUCCGUCCUACCAUGCGUCCGCUCUGCGCGUAGCCCCUCAUUCCUCCGCCUCGGAGGCCUACAAUCGCACCACAUCAACCGACCCUCCAUACAGCGGCUGCGCCCGGUCUCUCGCUCUUUGCACAGCAUGUCCAGCUCUAACAAUGUACGGACUAGCCCAAUUUCAUGCCAAAAGCCCUUCUCACUCCGAUCAUCAAUUCCCAAAGCUACGGCGAGGACCUACGCCGACCAAAAAGGAUCCACGGGCAAAGCCGAAGCCGAUCUCCUGGUCGAGGAAUUACAAGAGCUGUAUGAAGUUGCCAAAGACGAGUUUGAAAUUGCCACUGAGAGCACGGACUCAUCCACCAUCUACGCUGCUUCGGACCGUGAGUCUGCCCGUGAUGCUCUCAACCAGCUGUCCACUGUGUACGGCCUAUACACUGCUCGUCCUGGGGAAGUCGAGAAUGAGACGGAUGAGUUAUCAUCUGAGGUAGAGGACUCUGGGGAGAGUGCUAUUGUCGAAACUCAAUAUAAUCCGGCGGAGAUUCCGCAGGGUGUUAAGGAUGAGGUGCGUCGGCGGGUUGGACAUCGGAUUCGGGAGUUGAAGAAUGCUGUUGAGGCGCUUGAGGAGAGGGCCACGGAAGAUUGA